AAUGCCCUGCUUGCUGCAGCUGUCGGUCCCCGCCCCUGCUGCUGCUUCCUUACCGAUUUCGCCAAUUUUCCAGACGAGUUUGUCGUCAAAGCCCGACGCAGACCCACUUCCUGGUUGCUUAGUAGAAACACUAUAAAGUUUUCUCUUACUGUUGUUGCAUCUGCACAUCGUAUCAAACAAUAACGGACAAUGUCGAGGUUUCUCUUGAGAGCAAACCUCAGAGGAUGCAUCGCCUCUCAGAUCAGAAUGGCAUCUGAUCAGCUUGGCGAGUUGGGAAAGGGAGCAGGGAAAGGUGGAGGUGGAGGAGGCUCUGUGAGGGAGGCAGGGGGUGCGUUUGGAAAGAAACAGGUAGCAGAAGAGGAGCGGUACUUCAGACAAAAGGAGAAGGAGCAGAUGGAAGCGCUGCGGAAGCAUCACGAGGAGGAGAUUGACCACCACAAAAAAGAGAUUGAGCGCCUACAGAGGGAAAUCGACCGCCAUAAGGGAAAAAUCAGAAAGCUGAAACAUGAUGACUGAAGCGGUUAUCAUUUCUCUUCCUGAAAGUCCGGCCACCUCAUUGCCAAGUCAAUGAUGAUGAUGAUCAGAUAUUGAUUGAUUUACUGCUGCUCAGGGCAAGUCCUGUACAACACAUCAUGAAUAUAAAAAGUACCAAUAAAGUGCUUACUUUUUCA